UUCUCUCUCUCUCUUUCUCUUUCUCUCUCUUUAUAUUCUUUCUUUCAUCACUCUUCUUGUUCUUCACUUUGUCACUUGUUUUUGCCUUCUUUCCUUGUUUUUGUAGUCAUGGAAGUUUGUCAAAACUUCACCGAUCGCUCGUGCGCUUUCAAAGGAAAGCGCACUAAGCGAUCGCGACCGUCCUCCCCGCUGAACAUAGCGGGGACGACCACUACAACCAUCACUACUACCACCGGUUCAUCGAUUGCUGGUGGUAGUAAUGAUGGAGGUGGAGAUGGAGAUGGAGAUGGAGGUGAUUUUUACAAUUCACCAACCACUUCUACUACUCAAAUUUCAACAACUAGCACAUCUGAGGAAGAUGAAGAUAUGGCCAAUUGUUUAAUUCUAUUAGCACAAAGUGGAUGUGGCCAUAAAGUACAAGAAGUUAAAAAAGAGAAAAUCAACAGCAGGAAAUUUGCAGAAAUGGCCACUAGUAGUACAACUGGAAAAGCUGGUUUUUUUGUCUAUGAGUGCAAAACUUGCAAUAGAACUUUUAACUCAUUUCAAGCACUUGGUGGACAUAGAGCAAGUCACAAAAAGCCCAAAACCAUACUGGAAGACAAAAAAUCUGUCACUAUCAAUACUGACAGUACUGCUACUGCUGCUGGUCAUGACAAUUUACAUGAUCAAGAGCGUCUCAAUAAAAUUAGUAGUACUACAACUCAUUCAAACACCAAAACCAAAAUCCACGAAUGUUCAAUUUGUGGAUCGGAGUUUUCAUCAGGACAAGCAUUAGGCGGACACAUGAGAAGACAUAGACAACCACCUACCACGACGAUGAUAACUGCAAGCAAUCUUUCAGAAUCAUCGUCGUGCCAUAUUCAUGAUGAAAAAUCAAGAAGAAAUGUUUUGUCUCUUGAUCUAAAUUUACCAGCACCAGUUGAAGAUGAUCACAAAUUUGAACAAAGUCUAGUCUUCUCUGCAGCCCCUUUGGUUGAUUGUUAUUAUUAGUAAUUUAAAAAAGUGAAGAGAUUAUAUUCCAUAUAUUUUUUUUAGUAAUUUUAAAAGUGAAGAAAUAGUGAUAAUGAAUUUUUAGAAUUAUUGUUGUUCAUAAAAAUAUACAAAAAUUUGUUUUCUAAUUUUUAUUUUUGUUUUCAUCUAGUAUUGUUGGUAGUUUACUUUCUUUGAAAUUCAAUACUUUGAGUGAGUAAGUGGUUAGUGUCAUGGUUGCCUUCCAUUCACGAAAAGGGGGUGAUGAUGUAUCCUUUAUUUUUUGUUUACUUUUCUUUUCGGGGCGGGCCAGGCUCGGUAGCAAAUUAGAAAUUUUACGAAGAAUGUUCAGUUGAUCAACCUUAAACCUAUCUGACUUCGCGAUUGCUAGAUGGGAGGUUGGGUCCGGACUUUAGUCUUGUUAUUUGAUUUGAAUUUAAAUUAGUCGGACCAGUAUGUUUCGGAAGUCUUGAAAGAUGUGGUAGGCAAAAGCAAGGAGCAUGGAGUGUGGGAGGGAUUGCUUUAUGGAAUUGUUAGGGUUUGGCAUCACCAGCACCACAACUAAAA